AUGAGCUCUCUUCACUGGGCACGGGGGUCGGGGCAGCCCUGGGGUUCUCCUGGGUCACCGUGGAGCUGGGCCACGAGGAGGCUGCACUUUAACUGGACAGCAAGAUUUACUUCCGACAGUGAAGAAACGCUCAUUCUCACUCAAUCUGACGAGCUGAGCCGAGUUUACAGCGAAGACACCAGGCUGCCCUUGAGCAACGCACCUUUUACCUCGACUUUCAGCCACUCCAAAAGGUCCGCUCAGAAUUGCCAAGUACAAAACAACGCAAGCGGAGCGAUCAAAACCAACGCCAGAGCCCACAGAGCGGUCAGUGUGGAACAGACAGGAGCUCAAGACGGAGGAGAAGGAGAAGAAGUUGCCUCUAAACAAGUCCGAUGUAAAACGAACCAAGUAACGGUAAAAACAACUCUGAAUCCAUCUCCAACCAUAACAGCUUGGGAGGCAGGCUGGAACGUGACCAACGCCAUCCAGGGCAUCUUUGUACUGGACCUUCCCUUUGCCCUGGUGCAUUCUGGGUACAUGGGGCUGCUGUUGCUGGUGCUGUCGGCCUGGGUUUGUAACUACACCGGGAGGAUCCUGGUCUCGUGUCUGUAUGAAGAGGGACACUGUGGAGGUCCAAGGGUGCGAGUGCGUCACAGUUAUCAGGACAUAGCAGAGACGUGCUGCAGAGGUCUGUGUCCUCACUGUCCUGCACUGGGAGGAGCUCUGGUCAAUGUGGCUCAGCUGAUCGAGCUGCUCAUGACCUGCACGCUGUACCUGGUGGUCUCCACCUCUCUGCUCAGUGACAGUCUCUCUGGGUUGGCUGUACCCAGACUGGGCUGCUCUCUGCUGGGGCUGUUGUUCCUGAUGCCCUGCCUCCUGCUCACGGACCUGCGCCCCGUGUCCACCCUCAGCCUGCUCUGCACCCUGGCCCAUAUCCUCAUCAGCCUGCUGGUGAUGCUGUACUGCCUGAGCCGAGCCCGCUCCUGGCACUGGUCCUCUCUGUCUCUGUCUGUGGACCCAGAGGAUUUCCUGGUGUCUGUGGGCGUCAUCAUCUUCUCCUACACGUCGCAGAUCUUCCUCCCGUCACUAGAGGGCAGUAUGGAGGACAGGGGUCAGUUUAACACCAUGCUGGGCUGGACUCACGGAGCUGCAUGCGUGAUGAAGACUCUGUUCGCUCUUCUGUGCGUUUUGACCUGGGGCUGUGAUACCAGUGAGGUUAUCACAGACAACCUGACCCCCGUGCUCCGCCCAUUGGUCAACUCGUGUCUGCUGGCCAAGGCUCUGCUCUCCUUCCCCCUGCCCUUCUACUCUGCGGCCGAGAUACUUCAAACAUGUCUCUUCUCAGACACCACUCCCCACCUCAAACCAGGCAGCCUCCUCCCCCCUCUCCCCGUCCUCCUCCUCCGCUGCUCCCUCCUCCUCUCCUCCCUGCUCCUGGCUCUGCUCCUGCCCAGAUUCUCCCUCCUCAUGGGGCUUACGGGCAGCGUGACCGGAGCCGCCAUGACCCUGGUCCUCCCCUGCGUCUUCCACCUCCGGCUGCAGUGGCACGGGCUGACCACACGGGGCAGACUGACCGACGGGUGCGUGCUGGGCCUCGGGGUGCUGUGUAGCGCCUCUGGGGUGUUCUGCGCGGUGAAGAGGCUGCUGCAGGCCGGGAUGUAA